CACCAUCCAUGUGCCAUGCUCCUGUUCUCAUUUUGGCAGGCGCCUCCCAAGGCACGACUUCCAUGUUCCGUUCCAGCCCCGAGGGAUCUGGUCUCAUUUACAUCCUCGCAUGGAAAGUUCAAGUUGGAGUGCCUUACCACACCUUUUCACUAUCAUCGAGGAAGCCAGACGACCAGCUACAAGAUGUCGUUCCCCGCACAUUAUUGGUCCCUGUCAGGGGUCGCCAAGCUGCCGCACAUUAGAGAUUACGUUAUAAGAUGCCGAAAUGAUCCGCUGCUGGCGUGCAGCCAUUUUCAUUUUUUGGACUUUACAGUGUACACCAACCUCCUCGAUACUGAACUUGAUUGGGAACGGGAGUGCACCGGACGGCGACGCCUAUGAAUCGCGACCAGAGGUUGCCCUAGCAGCAGAGACAUGGGUGUAGACUGUCCCGAACCAAGCCCCCGCUCCUCCUGCGACGACGACAUCGGGGACGACCCCGAGGCAGCGCUCAACUCAUGCGACGACGAGGGCGACAACAUGGCCCCGCUCCUCCGUCUCCGGCGACUCCCCCAGGGCGGACGCGAUGAUGCCGGCUCGGUAUUUCACUCUGUUGAGGGCAACGUCGUCUCGGUCUAUGUGACGAUGCACCGCAUCCGGCGUCUGGUCACGGCAGCCAUCGACGAUGCCUACACGCUCGAUGAGCUACGGGCGCCGCACAUGGACCAUCAGGUCGUGCGGCCGCUUGUCGACCGCUUAUACAACCCCAAGGACCCAGCUAUCGUCUACUGCCUCGUGGCGAACCGGGUCCAGUUCCUCCGGCCACGGUCGGACGAGGCCCUGCAUCAGAGCAUCAACGAGUCCCGCGCGGUGCUCUGCGAGCUGCUUGCGACGCGGGUGCUCCGCCGCUUCCACGAAGAUCACCCGGGCCGCGCGGGCCUGUUGCUCCUCGCCAACAUCCUGGUCUCGGGCUUCGACCCCUGCGACACUGCGCCCGAGUCGGUACGGUCUCGCCGCCCCCAAUGGCCCGUGCAGGACCGAGGCGGCCACGCGCGGAAGCUAACGGCGCUCGAGCUGGCCAUCGUCUCGGAGAGCAAGACGCUCAUCAGGUCGCCGGCCUGCCAACUGGUGGUCGACGCCGUCUACAAGGGCGUCGUGGUCUACACGCCGCGGUCGAUCCUCGACUUUCUGCCGGACCACUACAAGUACCACCCGGUCUCGCUGUACGAGCCGCGCCGCGCCGCCAUCCUCAACCACCGCCGCCUCAUCGUCCCGCAGCUGCGCAACAUCAUCGAGCUGCUACACUUUGCCAUCCUCCUGGUCCUCUACAUGCUGACGGUGGCGCACUACGGCUUCGGCGGCGACCUGUCGGGCAUCCGCAUCUACGAGACCGUCUUCAACGUGUUCGCGGCCGGGUGGGUGCUCGAGCAGUUUGCCGCCAUCGUCGAGCACGGCUGGGAGGUGCAUGCCCAGAACCUGUGGUCGUUUCUUGAUGUCACGUUCGUGGUCAUCUACGCCGCCUACGGCCUGGUGCGGGCCGUCGAGCUGCUGAUCAUGGACGACGCCUACUACGCGCUGCCCGUCUUGUGCACCGCUGCGCCGGUCCUGCUGACCCGCAUCGCCUUCACGCUGAUGCCGGACAACAUCGUGUUCAUUGCGCUCCACGCCAUGAUGCGCGACUUCACCCGGCUGACCUUCAUUGCGAUCUGGUGUUUUGCGGGCUUUGUCAUGGGGCUGCUGUUCCUCGCCCGAACGAGCGGCGAGGGUUCGCUAAACGGGGGCGUGACGUGGGCCACUAUCACCAAGUGGCUGUUGUGGAUCUGGUUCGGCCUCGACGGCACGGGCAUCGAGCGGGCCCCGGACUUCCACCCGAUCCUGGGGCCGACGCUGAUCAUCACGUUCGCCUUCCUGGGCAACACGCUCUUCCUGACGAUCCUGGUCGCCAUCCUCACCAAUACCUUCUCCAAGAUCAUCGCCAACGAGGCGGCCGAGGUCCAGUUCCGGCGCGCCGUGCUGACCUUCCAGGGCGUCAAGAGCGACGCCAUCUUCUCGUACCCGCCGCCCUUCAACAUCGCCGCCCUCCUCGUCCUGCUCCCGCUCAAGUUCCUCGUCGGGCCACUCGCCUUCCACCAGGCCAACGUGGCCGCCAUCCGGGUCAUCAACGCCCCCGUGCUACUGCUCAUUGCGCUGUGGGAGCGACGCCGGGUGUGGGCGCGCCGGGCGAGGUCGCGAUCGUGGCGCUUGUUCCCGGGCUUCUCGCCGCAUGGGGAUAUCCAUGUUGUGUUUGGGUCGGAGCCGCCGCCUGAGGUCAUGGAUGCAUUGGAGAAGAUGGAUGCGCUGCACGAGGUGGUGGGUGGUGUGGACCGCGAGCGAGCGGUGGUGGGAUCGCCCAAGGAGCUGCGCGGCCUUGCGUCUGCUUCUUCGGUGCGCAGACGGCGGACGUCGAAUAGCAGUAGCCUGCGGGGUCUGGCGGCCUGAGAGGGCUUG